AUGGCCCCACAGGUGUCGCCAUUACUGCCACCACAACCGAUAGUUUCUCGACAGCUGUCAGCGUCAUCACCACAACCUACAUCGCCGGUGGUCGUGCCGUCAUCGUCUCAUGCACCAGAAGCAACGGAAGGGGAGCUGAGUGAGAAUGAUUUUCACCAGCUCGCAGACGAAGCCCUGCACUGGCUCCAUGAGAAAUUUGAUGCUCUAGGUGAUGAGGUGGACAUUGAAGGAUUCGAUGUUGACCUGUCACAAGGAGUUUUGACGCUUCGUCUCGGACAACACGGAAUCUUUGUGAUCAACAAGCAAGCUCCAAACAGGCAAAUUUGGUUUUCGUCCCCACAAAGUGGUCCAGCACGCUUUGACUGGUUACCAGGCCAGGGUUGGGUGUACCGUCGCACAGGAACAGAGCUCAUGUCUCUCUUGCAGGCGGAGUUAAGCACAUGCUUAGGCGCUGGAGCUGUGCCGUCCCUGGCCCUACACCGUCCCAUAUAG